CGGCCGACCGAUACUGCGUGUUGAUUGGCCCCUAAAGUACAAGCCCCGCCUUCUCCAGAGGACUAUUAAACUAGCUCUGGCUAACACCGUUAGCUAAAGUUAAAACUACUACAGCUGAAGUCAACGCUUCCGGCGAGAAAAUGAUCAACUGGAAGGUUUUGGACAAUGUCCCCAUGCUCCUGUACAUCCUGGCCCUGAAGACACUGUUGCUGUGUUUGGGGUUCGCCGGGGUGAAGAUCUACCAAGGCAAGAAAAUCGAGGAGGCCCUUAAAAGGGAACAGGCAGAGAAGAGGAAGCUGGCCGAACAGACGCAGGGGCUUAUUGACCACUUGAAGGAAGACUGAGCAGAGGAGGGAAGCUGCCGAACACAGGGAAACAUUUUACCGACCAGAGUACCGGGACAGAUCACCAUGUCAGUUUUCUAUAAAACCAUGUUUUAAUAAGAUAAAAUUACUGUGGAAUCUGUAAUGAGAUGGAGAGGAGACUUUUAUUUAUUUAUUUAUUUUCAGUGAACAUCACCCCAGUAAAAGGAAAAACACAAGCAUCAGCAUCAACUUGUCAUUUACUCCAGAUUCAGACUCAGUUUCCCCAAACAUCAUCUCCUUUUCUUGUACGAAGGUGUUUGCGGUGGCUGCGGAUGGAAAGGGUGAUGCGUUUUUCGACAAAGCAAAGACUCAGACAGGGCUCAGCAGUGCAGGUCUACAGAGCAGUUUGUGAUUGGACUGCCAACAAGUGAAUGUGUGGUCUAUGAAAUCAUGAAUGAAGGGGUAAAACAUUCAUAGCACUGAUGUGAAAGACUCAAAGUAGAAGCUAGCUGCUCGCCAAGCUUUUGUAAAAAACAUCAUUCUGCACUAUGGCAUUUACCUUGCUAGAACACACAUUAGCCAUUUCUUUGUUGUGUGUUUAUUAGGGAUGUUGUGAUACGCAGGUAUUAACGAUAGUCAUAACUUUUAUAAAUUGAUUAUUGAUAUCAUGUUAGAAAUACACAUUUGUAGUAGGUGUUGGUAUUUUAUGUGUAAUUUAUUUGUAAAAGAAAAAGACAAAUGCACAAUAAACAAUGUUAAACAUGAAA